AUGGCGCACAAGAUUGUUAUCAAUGCGGAGGAAUUACCUGAAGGGAAAAGAAGCCUGAGAUCAGUUCUUUCUUCCCGUUUCCCAAACGGGAUGCCGGAGGACCGCAUUGCCCUGGUUUUGAAAGGCGUUACCGAGGGCCUGAAUCAUAUCAAGUCUGUUCAUGGAGGAGCUAUCAAUAAAGAACCAGAAGUUGAUGCAGGUCGAAUUGCUUUCGAUUGGAGUUCCAAUGUCGAAGAUGGCCAAGAUCCAUGCAUAAUUGAACUUGCUUAUCAUGAAAAUUACAUGAAGCGUCAUCGGACGAAGCAGCCCAAUGUCGGGAUUCAUGGUGUCGGGAUUCUUCCCUUGGAAUUGAUAUAUGGGUCUUUGCCGGAGAACAGAACUCCGGCGGAAAUGAAUACUUUAGGGGAAAACAUGGUGAAGUUUCUGAAACAGAAAUUGGAGGACGAUGAUGGCCAAAAGCUAAUCAAGAAACUCCCAAUCACCCUUGAUCAGAGUCUGCUUGAUGAUGACUACAUUGAGAAGCGCCAACGCCGGAAGGAAGAAUCGAAGAAGGCCAAGAAAAUAGCUGGGUCUUAUCGGGGCAAGGAUUAUCCGAAGAAAUAUUUCUCAAGAGGGUUUCUGGAAUUUCUACUGAAAUGUCUCGAUUUUAAGGCCAAUCCCACAGGAAUCAACCAGAUUUUGGAGCUUCCUUUUUUGCAGAUUUCCUGUUUUGACGGGCAUGAAAAUGUUGUCAAUACAGAACAAGUGCCUCAAGAAAUGAGGCUGAGAUCCAUUCUGCGUAACCAUUUCUCAGGUGGGGUGUCGGAGGAAGGCAUUUGGCUUUUGUUGAAAGGAACACUAAGGGGUCUGAAGCAUAUCGUCACCGUUCAUGGAUGCAGAGGAACUGAGCCGGUGAGGAAUUCUGGUAGAAGGCCUGAUGUUGGAAUCAGGGGUGUCGGAAUUCUCGCAUUGGAAUUGGCUUAUGGUUCUUUGCCGGAGAAUUUGACUCCACGGCAAAUGGUUGUUCUGGGCAAGAACAUGGUGGCCUUACUGAAGAUGAAACUGGUGCCCAAUUCUAGCCAAAAGACGAAUAAGAAACUGCCACAUACUCUUCGUGUUCUACUGGAUGAUGACUACAUUUCUCGCCGGCAACUCCAUAAGGUGGCCAAGAAAAAUGCGGGCGGAGUUGAUUCAGCUGGCCCGGUCUUUGCCAAAGGUAGAAGAAGCUAA